CGACCAUUUCCGUUUUGCAGUUGCCGCGAGGUUGGCGUUGUUUUGAGACUACUUGUAAUAUUUUAAAGAAUUUCCACCGAAUAAGUUGUGUUUCAUCAUUUAAAUUCAUCAACAAUUAUUUGUUGUAACCUUAAUUAUAACUUUUAAAUAAAAUAUCCAUCUAAAGUGACCAAAAAAUUAAAAACUUUUCUUGCAAUUAAAAUCGCAGAGUGAAUAAAUACCAAACAAAAAUAUGGUUGGAUCUCGGGUUUAUGUUGGAGGACUACCAUACGGAGUCCGAGAAAGGGAUUUGGAAAGAUUUUUCAAAGGCUACGGACGAACCAGAGAUAUUCUCAUCAAAAAUGGCUACGGUUUUGUUGAAUUUGAAGAUUAUCGCGACGCAGAUGACGCUGUGUACGAGUUGAACGGGAAGGAGCUUCUUGGAGAAAGGGUGGUUGUGGAACCGGCUAGGGGAACAGCCAGAGGUAGCCAUAGAGAUAGAUACGACGACCGCUACAACAGUCGUCGCGGAGGCGGCGGCGGAGGGCGCUACAAUGAUAAACGUAGAGGCUACAAUAGUCGUAAGAGCCCAGGGCGUGAUAGUGAUGAUGGCAAAAAAUCCAGGACGGACAAAUCUGGAGAUGAUCCCAGAUCCAAAAAUUCCAGAUCGUCCUCAAGAUACGGACCACCAUUACGCACCGAGUACCGUCUAAUUGUUGAGAAUCUUUCGAGCCGUGUCAGCUGGCAGGAUCUGAAAGACUAUAUGCGUCAGGCAGGUGAAGUAACUUAUGCAGAUGCACAUAAGCAGAGGCGCAACGAAGGUGUUGUUGAAUUCGCCUCAUUGUCUGAUAUGAAGACAGCAAUUGAAAAACUUGACGAUACUGAUUUGAAUGGUCGCCGUGUUCGUUUGGUUGAAGAUCGUCGUGGAGGACGCAGCGGUGGACGUGGAAGAUCUCGUUCUUCGAGUUCACGUUCUAGGUCUCGCUCACGCAGACGUUCUCGCUCCAGGUCUCGUCGUUCAUCUCGAUCACGUUCAAAGUCUCAUAGCCGCUCCAAAUCUCGUGGAGCUCGUUCCAAGUCCAAGUCAGUUGUUAAAUCACGAUCAAGAUCCCGUUCUAACAAAUCAAGAGAUGUUUCUAAAUCCAAGUCAAAGUCUCGUUCACGUUCCCGUUCAUUGAAGCGUGCAUCAUCUAGAUCACGAUCCCGUUCACAUUCUAAGCGCGAAUCGCGUUCUAGAUCACGCUCCAAGUCCAGAAGAGAUUCACACUCGAGGGAUCGUUCUGGAUCGGAAAAUAACAAAUCACGCUCACGGUCCAUUUCCCCAAAGAACGGUAACAUGUCACCCGAUAGAAAUAACGAGAGCAUGGAAGACUAAAUGGCUUAGUUUUAUGAUAAUUUUAACGUAACAGUUUUUUUGUUUUUGCGCUUCAGUUUCUCACGAGAAAACAAAAGAAAGUUUAAAAAAAAAAGAAAAAAAAACAAACAAACACAAUUCUUAGGGAUAAUAAUAUGUAACAAUACAAUAUUGUCACCUAAGUUUCUUAACUUUAAAUUGACAUUUUUCACAGUUACAUAAUUGUUUUGAUUUCAACAAACAUAAUUUUCUCUUCUAUAAACAAAAAAAACAAUAUUAAUCACAUUUUUAUUGUGUAGUGUAGAACUGGAAGUUUUCUUUUUUUGCAAAUUUCAUAAGAUAAAUUUAUUAAGGACUUUAUACAAAAGAAAACAAACAAAAAUACAUUCAUAUAUAAACUACAUUUAUUAGACUAUACAUUCUCUCUAAUAAAUGUAUUUUAUUUUGGAAUUUUGAUAAUUGCAUAUAUAUACAAAAAAAUAUCUAUAUAUAUAUUCGUGGAAUUUUAUUUAUAUUUUAAAUAUUAUGGUGUAAAGAAAAUAAACAAAAGAAAUAAUUUAAAUAAUAAAAACAAAUUUGCUUCUUAUAGAGAGAAGUAUUGGCCCGGGCUCAUAAAUCGGAAUCAACUUAAAGUGGCGUGCGUUCAUUUAAAAAUAUAUAAUAGUUGAUUGCUGAUAUCAAAAACACAAUUACACAAAGGAAGUUACAACAGCAAAAAUAACUAAGUAAAGUCCAGCGUUUUUAAAAUAAUAUUAAUAGCGGUAUCUAGAAAUUACUUUUUUAUUUUAAAAACAAAACUUCUGUUUGUAUCUGACAGUAUAUAUGUUUAAGGUUCAGUAAUAAAUAAAAUAAAGUAUGAAUUAAAAAAAAAA